UACAAACUUCCUCAAUCCCAAUCCCUGCUGAGAGUUCGGUGGCCAUUCAUCACCAUAGCGUGCAUCGCGUGGAAUGUCGAAAUGGGGACGAAAACUCCGCAAAAUGAACAUCGUAGAAACUAUGGCGACUCGCCCAACUCUGAUGGGACCUGUCACGUCGGUGGUGAGCCCCGGGGCUCUCACAUGUCCAGAGACGGAGAUGGUUGUCUCGGCGACGUGGGAGGAGGUGAUGACGAGAGCGACGGCGACGGCGAUGGAGACGGUGAGAGAACAAACCUAGGACCGCUGGAGGCGCCCUCGACCACAGGAGUCAGAGACGCACAGAAGAAACGAAAGAAGCCCAGGAAGAAGAACAACAAGAAGAAGAAAGGGCCGGUGCUUUUGCCUGUCAAGCAGUCUUCGCCACCGAGAGUCCUGUUGAGCGACCUCUUCCCGUCUGGCCAGUACCCCCAGGGCGAAGUGCAGAGCUACACUGAAGCAAGGACAAGAGCGGCUGAAGCACGCUACACAGCUCGUCGGCACUGGGAAGACGAUGCCUUCCUCCAAAACUACCGCAAGGCCGCCGAGGUGCACCGGCAGACCCGACAAUGGGUCCAGGAAAGCGUCAGGCCCGGCCAGACACUCCUGGACGUCGCCGAAGGAAUCGAGGAUAGCGUCCGGGCGCUGCUCGGCCAUGCCGGACUGGAGCCUGGGGACAGCCUCAAGGGCGGUAUGGGCUUCCCGACGGGCCUCUGCCUCAACAAUCAAGUCGCGCACUACACGCCCAACCCGGGCCAGAAGGAUGUCGUCCUACAGCAAGACGACAUCUUGACGGUCGACUUUGGCGUUCACAGCAACGGCUGGAUCGUCGACAGCGCCUUCACCGUGGCCUUCGACCACACCUACGACAGCCUUCUGGCAGCUGUCAAGGAUGCGACCAACACGGGGAUCAAGACCGCCGGCGUCGACGUCCGCAUAAGCGACGUGAGCGCCGCGAUCCAAGAAGCCAUGGAGAGCCACGAGGUGGAAAUCCGGGGCAAGACGUUCCGCGUCAAGCCCGUGCGGAAUCUCUCGGCCCAUGACAUCAAGCGGUACCGCAUCCACGGCGGGAAGUCCAUCCCCUUUGUCAAGAACUCGGACCAGACCAAGAUGGAGGAGGGCGAGGUCUUUGCCAUUGAGACGUUUGGCACCACGGGCCGCGGAUACGUGGUGGACGAUGUAGGGGUAUACGGCUACGGGCUGAACCACAACGCUCCACUGGCGACAUCCCUGCCCCUCGCCUCCGCCAGGCGCCUGCACAAGACGAUCCGCGAGAACUUCGGCACGCUGGUCUUCUCCCGCCGCUACCUCGAGCGACUCGGCGUGGAAAGGUAUCUGGCCGGCAUGAACUGUCUCGUCUCCAACGGCAUCGUGGAGUCUUACGAGCCCCUGAUGGAUAUCCCCGGCUCCUACUCGGCGCAGUUUGAACAUACUCUUCUCCUGCGCGAGACGCACAAGGAAGUCCUGAGUCGCGGAGACGACUACUGAGGGAGAUGCCCAAUAGGGGCAUUUAUGCCACGCACACACACAGAGAGAGAGAGAGAGAGAGAGAGAGAGAGA